CCUCCAAGCUCAUUAUUUCUGUUGCUUUGGGGUGAGCAUUUCUGUGGUUCCCCCACCCCGCAAUUCUGACUCGAUUCCUCCUGGGGGUUUCUUCAAUCUCCGCACACUCUCCGCGUGCACCUGGCGCGCCUCCUUUUUUCACCCCAACCUGUUGCAAGUCUUUAAUCUUUGCAAUUGGGACUUGAGUGCAGGCACCUGAAUCCUCCUUGCCUCAUAUUUUGCAAAUGUUAGAGGGAGGGCACCUGCUCUACCUGCAAGAGAUUUGAAAAAAAAAAAAAAAUCUCUAGGCGCCUUCUUGAUCCCUUUCUCCACGCACUCUCACUCUCCUGCCCCGCCCCGAAGUAAAGCGAGACUCGGAGAAAAUGGUGCUCAGCGCGGUCCUCCUGCUGCUGGCCGCCUAUGCCGCGCCGACUCAAGGCCUGGGCUCUUUCGUGCACUGUGAGCCCUGCGACGAGAAAGCUCUGUCCAUGUGUCCCCCCAGUCCUCUGGGCUGCGAGCUGGUCAAGGAGCCUGGCUGCGGCUGCUGCAUGACUUGCGCCCUGGCGGAGGGGCAGUCGUGUGGCGUCUACACUGAGCGCUGCGCCCAGGGUUUGCGCUGCCUCCCCCGGCAGGAUGAGGAGAAGCCGCUGCACGCCCUGCUGCACGGCCGCGGGGUUUGCCUCAACGAAAAGAGCUACGGAGAGCAAACCAAGAUAGCAGAGAGAGACUCUCGUGAGCAUGAGGAACCUACCACCUCUGAGAUGGCAGAAGAGACCUACUCCCCCAAGGUCUUCCGACCCAAGCACGCUCGCAUUUCCGAGAUGAAGGCAGAGGCCAUGAAGAAGGACCGCAAGAAGAAGUUGACCCAGUCCAAGUUUGUCGGGGGCGCAGAGAACACCGCCCAUCCCCGAGUCAUCCCGGCGCCUGAGAUGAGACAGGAAUCUGAACAAGGCCCCUGCCGCAGACAUAUGGAAGCCUCCCUGCAGGAGCUCAAAGCCAGCCCACGCAUGGUGCCCCGUGCUGUGUACCUGCCCAACUGUGACCGCAAAGGAUUCUACAAGAGAAAGCAGUGCAAGCCUUCUCGUGGCCGCAAACGUGGCAUCUGCUGGUGUGUAGACAAGUACGGGAUGAAGCUGCCAGGCAUGGAGUACGUCGAUGGGGAUUUUCAGUGCCACACCUUCGACAGCAGUAAUGUUGAGUGAUGCGUCCCUUCCCGUCCUCCCCAUCUCC